AGUUCAAAUUUAGCCACAUUUUUUCAGUGGAAAAUUUGGCAAAGUAUAUCAAGUUCGCGAGAAGGCGACUGGUACAGAAUUUGCAGCGAAAGUGAUUCGAUUGAAACAGCAAGCCGACCGAGCAGAAGUUGAACGAGAGGUAUCGAUACUCACGCAGCUGAGGCACCCACGUAUUGCUCAGAUUUAUGACGCUUUCUACACAGCUAACAAUGAAGUGGUACUAGUUAUGGAAAUAGUGCGAGGAGGAGAGCUCUUUGACAGAGUAGCGGAUGAAAAUUAUGUGCUUACGGAGCAAGCAGUUGUAAUGAUUAUUUGUCAACUAUGCGAAGCAAUCGACUAUAUCCACGAGCAGAAUAUUCUUCAUUUAGAUAUAAAG